AUGUUGUCACUAAGCUCAAAGGAUGUAAAAUUUGGAACAUUUAAAAGUGUAUUAACAGCGGUUUUAUGUAGUCUACUGUUCAAUCUGCGCACCGUCAGUGGAGAUUUGAGCUACACGGUUCAAGAAGAAAUGAAACAUCAGCAUGUAAUUGGAAAUGUAGCAAAUGAUUUAGGACUCAAUGUUUUAACAUUAUCAACGCGAAAGGCCCGGAUAGAUACAGAGGACAACAGCAAGCGGUAUGUGGAUAUUAAUUUAACUGGAGAUCUGAUCAUUGCGGACACAAUAGACCGAGAAAAGCUUUGCGGUUCAAGGCAAAACUGUAUCCUGAAUUAUGAGCUUGUGUUGGAAAAUCCACUCGAACUGCAUCGCAUUUCCCUACAAAUUGAAGACAUUAAUGAUAAUGCGCCAAAAUUUCUUAAAGAGCGCAUUACUUUUGAAAUCAGUGAAUCCGUUAAUAAAGGGCAGCGAUAUCGUUUGGAUGAAGCUCAUGAUUCAGACAUCGGCCAAAACGGAGUUAAAGGAUAUUCGCUGGAGAGGAACGAUCAUUUUGUUUUGUCUGUGCAAGAUAAUAACAAUGGGCGAAAAUAUGCAGAGCUUGUGCUUGAAAAUGAACUGGAUCGUGAACAGCAAAAAGAUAUUUAUUUAAUCCUUACUGCAUUUGAUGGUGGGAUUCCUCAAAGAUCUGGUACAGCUGGAAUACACAUUAUCGUGUUGGAUGCUAACGAUAAUAUUCCAGUGUUUAGUCAACCUGUAUAUAAAAUCACUUUGCUUGAAAAUGCACCUUUAGGUACAGAAGUCGUCACUGUAAGCGCAUCAGAUGCUGACGAAGGAGCAAAUGGAGCCUUAACAUAUGAAUUUAGUCGCAUUUCCGAUGGUGCAGCACAUUUAUUUACAAUUGAUAAGCAAACUGGGCAAAUUAAAGUGAGCGGACAUUUAGACUAUGAAGAGGAGAGAUACUAUGAAAUUGAAGCACAGGCCAUAGAUGGCCCUGGACUAGCAUCAACUGCAAGUAUUAUAAUAGAUAUAAUUGACAUCAAUGACAAUGAACCUCGAAUUAUUCUCAAGGCAUUAACUGACCUCAUACCCGAGAAUGCAAUGGUAGGCACUGAAGUGGCCAUUAUUAAUGUUCAAGAUAAAGAUACUGGUGAUAAUCGCCAAAUCCGGUGCUCCGUUCAGGAAAACAUUCCUUUCAAAUUGAACCCAUCUAUUAAGAACUAUUUUUCUUUAGUUACAACAAGUUUGCUGGAUAGAGAAAAAGAUGCGGAUUACAACAUUACAAUUAUUGCUACCGAUGGAGGCUCUCCACCAUUAUCUUCCACCAUGAUUAUUCAUUUAUCAAUUUCAGACAUUAAUGACAACCAACCAGUAUUUGAACAGGAAUCAUACAUUACAUACAUAGUUGAAAACAACAAACCAGGUAUCUCUAUUUGUUCUGUGACUGCGAGAGACCCAGACUGGAGACAGAAUGGUACAGUACUGUAUUCUUUGGUACCCAGUAUGGUCAACAGUGUUCCAGUAUCUUCGUUUUUGUCUAUUAAUACAGCUACAGGAGUAAUACAUGCUAUGAAGUCAUUUGACUACGAGAGGUUUAGGAACUUCAAAGUUCAGGUUGUUGCCAGAGACAAUGGUUCUCCUCCACUCAGCAGCAACGUAACUGUGAGUGUGUAUAUAACAGAUGAGAAUGACAACUCUCCUCAAAUAUUAUACCCCUCUUCUGAUGGAAAGUCUUUUUUGACUGAGAUGGUUCCUAAAGCAUCUUCAUCAGGUUCUUUGGUCUCAAAAGUUAUUGCUGUGGAUGCAGACUCUGGACAGAAUGCUUGGUUGUCAUAUCAGAUUUUGAAAGCUACUGAUGCUGGACUUUUUACUAUUGGACUUCAUAAUGGAGAAAUCAGAGCGCUACGGGACAUUACUGAAUCUGAUAGCAUGAAACAGAACCUUAUUGUCUCAGUGAAAGAUAAUGGCCAUCCUUCUCUGUCUGCAACCUGUUCUGUGUAUUUGCUUAUCUCUGAUAACCCUGCUGAAGGUCCAGAAUUUAAAGACAGAACUUAUGAAGAGAGCAACUCCAAAAUUACAUUUUAUCUGAUUAUUGCACUAGUUUCUGUUUCCACCUUUUUUCUGACUUUUAUUGUUUUGAUUGUGGCCAUAAAGUUUUGCAAUAGGAGAAAACCCAGACUGUUGUUUGAUGGAGCAGUUGCUAUUCCCAGUGCUUAUCUCCCUCCCAACUAUGCAGAGGUGGAGGGAGCUGGAACUCUUCGCAGUUCUUACAAUUAUGAUGGCUAUCUAACAACAGGAUCACGCACCAGUGACUUCAAGUUUGUCACAUCUUACAAUGACAACACAUUUAGUGGAACUUUGAAAAAGGAUCCUGAAGAUUCAAAUAUAAUCAACCUGUUAGAUUCCUGCAAUAGCCUAGAGGUAAGACAAAAGAUUUGA